AUGCUCAAUAGCAACUCCCUGAAUGCCCUUUACCAAUCGACUGUAGAGUCUCUGCCUAACCUCCGUGAGAUCAGCAUUCACAGCAACCCCCUGCGCUGUGACUGUGUGAUCCAGUGGAUGGGCUCGAACUCUACAAAUGUUCGCUUCAUGGAACCUCUCUCCAUGUUCUGUGCCAUGCCUCCAGAAGUCAGGGGUUUGCAUGUUAGGGAGGUGGUCCAAAAGGGGCUCGUCAACCAGUGCUUGCCCAUGAUCGCGCAUGACACCUUUCCCAACCAUCUGAACUUGGAAAUCGGCAUGACGGUUGACUUGGACUGCAGAGCCAUGUCACAGCCUGAACCAGAGAUUUACUGGGUAACACCAAUGGGUAACAAAGUAAUGAUGGACAUGCUGUCUGGCAAGUACAGCCUCACUACGGAAGGAACACUGCGGAUCACAAAUAUCCAGGUUGAGGACUCUGGCAGGUACACCUGUGUGGCUCAGAAUUCACAAGGUGCUGACACUAAAGUAAUAGCCAUUCAGGUAAAUGGCACUUUGUUAGACACCACUCAGCUUAUGAAGAUUUAUGUCAAGCAGACAGAAUCACACUCCAUAUUAGUCUCCUGGAAAAUCAACUCAAAUGUCAUGACCUCCAAUCUGAAAUGGUCGUCUGCCACCAUGAAAAUAGAUAACCCUCACAUCACCUACACUGCUCGUGUCCCGGUGGACGUCCAUGAAUACAACCUCACCCAUCUACAGCCAGCAACAGAGUAUGAGGUGUGCCUCACUGUGUCCAAUAUCCGACAGCAAAUGCAGAAGUCCUGUGUCAAUGUCACAACAAAACAAGAUACAUUUGCAGUGGAAAUAUCUGUACAGGGCACGAACACUGCCCUGGCAGUUGUCAUGGGGACGUUAUUUGCCAUCAUCAGUUUAGCCACACUAGGAGUGUACAUUGCUAGAAGAUGGAAAAGGAAAAGUUAUCAUCAUUCCCUCAAAAAGUACAUGCAGAAAACAUCUUCGAUACCACUAAAUGAGCUGUACCCUCCUCUGAUUAACCUGUGGGAGGUGGACAGUGAAAAAGAGAAGGAGGGCACAGCGGAGAGUAAACCCAGCCAGGUGGACACUACUCGCAGCUACUACAUGUGGUGA